CUCAUCAAUAUCAAGAUUCAUAGAUCAAGUCUGCAAAUCUAUCAAGAUUGGAUUAUCAUACGAAUGGAUAGGAUAAGCGAGCUACCUGAUGCUUUGCUCUUGCAGAUACUGUCUUUGGUUAAGACCAAAGACCGUGUAGCCACGAGUCUUCUCUCAAAACGAUGGGAGACUCUUUGGACGCUGGUUCCUAAACUUGACUUCCAUCUUGAGCGUGGAAGUGACUCAGAGUUCGUUAACAGGUCUUUGCUAUUGCAUAGAGCUCCGGUUCUUGAAAGCUUUUCUUUAAAAGUUGACACGUUUCAAGUUAGUCCUCUAGACAUUGGUGUUUGGGUUAGAACCGCGGUUGAUCACGGUGUCCGUGAGUUAAAUCUAGACUAUACCGCCAGUGAAGAUCCUAUCAGACUACCUAGGAGCUUUUAUACUUGCCAAACACUCCUUGUCCUAAAGCUUAAAAACACAAGUCUUGUAGGUUUUUCUUCCUCGGUUUGUUUCCAAUCUCUCAAGAUCUUACACCUUUUGUCAGUGACAUAUUCAGAUGAGAAGUCUCUUGAAACCAUCUUAUCAAGCUGCUCUGGUCUCAAAGAUUUGGUGAUUGAAUGUUGUCCUAACGACAAUGUUUUCAUUUUCACUAUUAACGUUCCUUCACUACAGAGUUUGUCUCUGAACAGAUCAGCGAAGUAUUAUCGAAAAAACUGUCUCGGGUUUGUGAUUAAUGCUCCUUCUUUGAAGUACUUGAACAUAAGAGACUAUCGUGGCUCCUUUUGUUUGGCUGAAGAUAUGCCUGAGCUUGUGGAAGCUAAUGUUGAAGUUGGUUAUGAUAAACUUGACGAGCUUAUGGGAUCUCUCACUUCAGUCAAGCGUCUUUCGAUAUGUUCAACCAAACUCAAUGCUCCAUGUCCUAUUACCUUUCAACAACUUGUUCAUCUAGAGAUAUGUACAUGUAAACCAGAGUGGUGGAAUCUACUAGUGUGUCUGCUCACGGCAACUCCUAAACUACGAGUUCUCAAGCUUAAACGGACACAUAAGGAUUGUAGCAAAGGAGGGUGUUGGAACGAACCGGGCUCUGUACCGGAUUACCUUUUAACCAGCCUUGAAGAUUUUGAGUGGAGACGUUACAAAGGAACCAAAGAUCAGAGUGAUCUUGUGACUUAUAUCUUGAGGAAUUCCUGUCAUUUGAAAAUGGUGAGAAUCCUCACUGAGACAGAUGAUGCUGAAGAGCAACUUGAGAUGAUUAAGAAGUUAGCAUUCUCCCCUAGAGCAUCAAUUACAUGUCAAGUUGAUUUCGACUGACAAACAUUAUCUAUCCCUAAUCCAUGUAAUGAAUGAUCCAGAUCAGUCUUUUUAUAGUCUUUAUGCAUGUGUGGAUAAAUGAUUGAUGUAUCUUUGUUUAUACUUGGUCUGUAUCACAACGUAGUGAUUAAUAAAAAUUAAAGAUUCUCACU